UGAAGAUGGCUGGGAGUGGGAAGGGGUGUGAGAGGUGCAGUGAGUGGCAAGAGCACUACUACUGGGAGCACAUGGAUGUGAACAAGAUCAGGUUCUUCAAGCUCAUGACAGGAGAUUUCCAGCAGAGCAUUUGCAUACCGGACAAGUUUGCGAGCAAUUUCAUCAGGCAGAUGGAUAUCACAGAGGGACUCCACCUGAAAGCGCCAAGCGGCGAAACAUGGCGUGUGGGUGUCAGCAAGGUUGCUGAUGAGCUAUUCUUGGGGUCAGGGUGGGGAGAUUUUGCCAAGGCUCAUGAACUGCAGGAGAAUGACCUCCUGCUCUUCACAUGCAGUGGAAGAUCUUCCUUUGAGGUCCUGAUCUUCGAUGCAACUGGCUGUGAGAAACUGUCUCCCCUCUUCACCGGCAGAAUGUGCAAACAUUUUGACGAUAUUGUGAUGGGUCAGCAGAUUGAGAAAUACUCUCUGACUGUCGAUGAUGAUUCUGAUGAUGAUACCAGUGUGCCGUCUCAGUUGGUUGGCUCCCCUCACAGGGCCUCCACAUCAAAGAAAUACAGUGUCAAGAGCAAAUCAAGUAAACAUCUUCCUGAAUCACCAAGCAGCCGCAGCAGCUCUGAUGCUAAGCUUGAGUCAACUGAGGAAGAGGAGUGUGACCAUGAAAUGCACGAUGAACCCGAUUUCUACUACUCGAGGGCUUUAGAACAGCUAGAUGGCGACCAAAGACGGGAAAUAAUUGGGCUGGCUUCAACUGAACCGGGCAAUCCUGCAUUCGUGUCCGUUCUGCAGAGGACCCAUCUCCAACAAAAGAACAACUUUCUGAUCGUCCCCUGUAAAUUUGCUGCUGAUCACCUUCAGAGGAGGCCUCCUGACGUCCUGCUUUUCAGGCCGAGCAUAGCAGAGAAGUGGCGUGUCAGGUACUAUCAAUCCAGCCACACCAGAGGCUUCAACUGCCAACGCUGGGUUAAAUUUGUUAGGGACAACAGGCUGCGCGAGGGAGACGUCUGCAUCUUCGAGCUGAUCAAAGGAGCGAAGAAGAAGAACAAGGUGGUAACGAUGGCUGUUCAUAUCGCCCGGAGGAGGAAGAAAGACGGCCGGUUUGUCAAAGUGGGAUAACUUUUAAGCCCCUGCACACGCUUAACCCUUUCUCCUACAUUUUGGUAAGCAAUAUGUGUCUGGAACUCUGGACGUGCCAGUGCAAACUAAACCUGUAGUACCUGGUGUUGCAUCGCAGGCAGCUGCGUGAAAUUUUAAGCUCCUGCACACCCGUUCUCCUACAUUUUGGUAAGCAUAGUGUGUAUGGAUGUGCAACUGGAAACUGAACCUGUAGCAUUUUGUACCCUAGUUCAAGUUAGGUAUGCUGGCAAUCCCUUGUAUGACACUACUAUUUCCGUGUUCCUUAUUUGCCGUUGUGUCGGCCAGACCCGCCUUUGUCAGUGACACAGCUAGGGAUAGGAAAAAUCCCCGUUGCAUAUAAGGAAUUUAGUUGGAUUCUUGAA